GAGUCAUAGGAGCUGUCCUAGGUGUCAGAGCUCAGCUGCACAGGUGCCAUGGGGAACCCCAGGACCUUUCUGCUCUGCCUCUUCGGGAUGACACUCUGCCUUACAGGCUCCCAGGCCCUGCAGUGCUACAGCUACGAGCACACCUAUUUUGGGCCCUUCGACCUCAGCGCCAUGACAUUCCCCAGCGUCUCCUGUCCCCAAGGAUGCUCUGAGGUGGUCCUGUCACUGGACACUGGGUACCGCGCCCCAGUUACGUUGGUCCGGAAGGGAUGCUGGACAGGGCCCACCACCGGCCCCAUGCAGACCAACCAGGACGCCCUACCUCCCGACUACGCGGUGGUGCGUGGCUGCGGCACCGACUUCUGCAACACUGACCUCAAGACCCAUGACACCCUCCCCAACUUGAGCCAAGCGCCUGACCCCCCGACGCUCAGUGGCACCGAGUGCUACGCCUGCCUGGGAGUCAACCCCGAAGACUGCUCCCCGGAGAAGUCCCGUCGGGUGCAGUGUCACCAGGACCAGAGCGCCUGUUUCCAGGGCAAUGGCCGGAUGAACAUAGGCAACUUUUCUGUUCCGGUGUACAUCAGGACCUGCCACCGGCCGUCCUGCACCACCAUGGGCACCACCAGCCCCUGGACAUCCAUUGACCUACAAGGCUACUGCUGCGAGGGCCACCUGUGCAACAGGGACUCGGUGACACAGACCUUCCCUGGCACCCUGGCCCUGGCCCCUCCCCGAGCGCCCCGAAUCCUGACCCUGCUCCUUGUGGCUCCGCUACUGGCCAUCGCUCUGGGGGGAUCCCUCGGACUCUGCAUAGACAACUAA